AUGCACGGCGCCGACGAGUUCAAGGGGUAUGACUACGCGGCGCUGAAGCAAAUCCACCAGGACUUGAUUCGGCGGCGGUCCAAGCGCGGCGUCAAGAGCAUUCGGAACCCGCGGGGAUACUUCCUCUUGGCAACCAAGUUUGCCCAGAAAGAACCAUUGCCCGUGCAUUUGGUGACCAAACAACCCAACUUGGGUUCGAAUGCGAUUGCGUCCAACGUGGCCGGAUAUCUUGAUCCGAACAUCCAAACGUACAUACGGUCGACUUGGUGGCCGCUGGCCCAUUUCAAUCCGAUUACGUUCAAGAAAAACAGCAGUCUCGACAUCACAAAGGACGACUACAUCCGCUUUAAUUGUAAAGUGUACCGGUCGCUCCUACCCGACAUUCCAUUUGCCGAAGCGCUGCGUCGUAUCGAGAAAGACUGGCGAGACGAUACCUUUAUGGGCACUCUCAACGAAACUACGAUGGACGUGUCGUCCAGUGACAAGGAAUUCGACGACUCGGUGGACGACGCGACCCCCUCGUCCGUCGCAUCGGCCGAACGCACAAUGGACUUGAACUUGUUUAGCAUAUCGGUCUUGGACCUUGCCACAGCAUGCACAGCAGGUGGAAUGGAUGCGCUCUAUCUGUUUUUGCAAUCGUUGCGCAUCAGAAUGAAAACGGUGCGAGAGUUCGACGAGCUCCCCAAGCCCAAGUACUCGUCCGACAUCAUGGACACGUCUGGGUCGAGUCGAAUCACGGUCUUCGUCGAGUGUGGAAAGACUUACACGGAGGACAUGACCGAAACCAAUUGCAUGGCCCAUACGGCGACGCUGUACCAAGUGGGGUUGUUUCCGACAAAGUUGCCGCUCGUCACGCUCUUCGUCUCGUUGGAUGACACCCCAAUGGACAUGCAUGUCAAAGCCGUCGAUUCGAGCAAAGACAUCACCGAAUCAACUCCGACGUGGAUUGUGCGCAAUGCUGUCGCAGGCGCGCUUGUGUACAAGGCGGCUGAGAUUGAUAUCACGUCCAUUCAGUUCGAGACCCUGGAAUACUUUGUGCUGCCGGCCUCCGCGAUGCCCCCGUCGCCCACCGACCCCAACAAACCAAAGCCGUCCGGUCGCCAUCCAUCCUAUCAAAUGACGUGCGUUCUUCAGGAAGCCACGGCCGUCGAGUUUGAAAGCACGUUCUACGGGUCUGUCGCGGCCAAGCGCGUUCGCGUGUUUGGUCUGCAGCAUCCUUCAACGACUCCGCUGAUUGUGACGCUGACGACCGAGCCGACAAAGACAGCGACGACCGCCGGGAGGGACUCGGGUCGAUCUGGCAACGCCACCGUCAGCGGGGCAUUCUACCUGGUGAAACAAGACGUGCCCAGCCUCGCGUCGUACAAGUUGCAACAGUACCAGGUGUUGUCCGAUUCGACCACUGCAGCCAAGACCCAGAUCAUUUGCGAACCAGCGUCUCCGGGCUACUACUAUGCGAUUCUCUUUAGCAUCCACGAAAUGCAGUUUGCGAUGGAGUACAACCACACGACGUUAUCUGACGCGGUGCCAUCGCCAUGCGACCCAGCGCGUGAAAACGGCGUGAGCGCCAUCGACGAUGUACCCACGCAUCCACGCAACAACCUGCCGUGCUUCUUUCCUGGUGAAAAGCUCGCAAUCCAAACACCACACAGCAAGGCGUCGUUGCGAGCCAAGAUCUAUUCGCAUCGGAUGCAUACGCGCAUGAGUCAAAUGCAGCUGCUCGACGAAACGUUUCGAAUGAAGACGGCUGCGCAGCGGCAAGAGAUUGACGCACGCCACAAGGCUCGUCGGCAGCAAUUGCAGGCAAACAUCGCGUUGGACAAAGCUCAACAGGAUGCUGAAGCGAAGCGACAAAAGGCGAUAAAGCACGGAGGUGGUGCCACACUACAGCGGGAAGUCGAGCUGUUGCACGAGUACUUUGAGCACAUGGCAAAGACGCAGCCGACGUUUGAAGGGCUGAGGCGCCUUGACGAAGCCUACGCAAUUCGAUUCAGCGAAGCUGACCAACUCACAGACAGCUUCGACACGGUGUACGACGACGAUUCCGAGUUCAAAUCGUCCAGCGCGAAGGCCAGGUCGGCCAAGUUUGGAGUCACGGACAACCGCCCUUCUAAAGAUGGCGUGUUCGCUGCGGAGGAAUACUCGUACGCGGCCACCUACCUCGAGAAAUUGGCAGCAGACCUGGCGCUGCAGCAGCACCAGCACGACAACGCGCCGAAAGAGCAAGCGGCCACAGACGCCUUGGAACACAAUCUGUACAUGGCCCUCGCCGAAAGCAAACCCAUAUCUCAAGGUAAGCCACUUGUGUUCGACCUGCCUCCAGAUCACCCACCUGACGACUUCCAAGACGACAUGCUGAAACUUCGAGAGAUCCUCGUCGAAUCUGGCGGUCUCGCCGAAUAUCGGCGACCAGGAAAGCGAGAAAUGUCGACGGUUCCUGUCAUCUUGCCCAAGAAAUAUGUCGAAGCCAAGCUACCGUGGCAAGCGAUGUGGCAGGCGCCGCCUGACCCGUCGGUUCCCGACCCCUUGUUGCCCACAAGCCCAAAGAAACACCGAAAUUCGAGUCCCCCCAAAGUGUACCCCGCCUCAAAAUCACAUCAACACAAGGAGGACGAGUAUCUACCACCAUGUUCAUCAGGGAAAGUGGUGGCAGCGUCAAAGCCGUCGGCGGACAUUUCCAUCCUCACCAACAUCCUUACUCGGCGCCCCAACAACCACGUGGUUUCGAGUAGUGCGUUGGACUGCGAUGGCUCCACAAACAGUCUAAGUGUGGUCUCGCCAAGGCCAUCCACAGCUGCUCCUGUACUGCAGUCACAGCCCCUACCUCAGUCCGCCGUAUUGGAGCUACCUAUCACGAGCAAGCCAUCGUCCGUCGAUGUCACCGCACCCCAAAGUCAACCGACUGCAGUCCGUCCAUCUACGAAGCAGCGUAUCACUUCUUCGUUUCGACGGCGACAGCACCAACCGUCCAAGCAACUGUCCCUACCUUGGUCCCGACUGCAAAAGGGAGACGCCCCACGCCAUGACCAUACAUUUCUGCCCGUCGCGACUGCUCCGUCCGUCCAAUCGGACAUUGUACUCAUCCAGCAAGUGCCAUACAAUGUCAUUCGGCACCACAACCAAAUUGUUGCGCUCACGGACGCUACCGCUGCCCAUGUCUCGACGCUGCAUCCCAACCGACCAGGCAAAACGAAGCGCAGUCGAGGCACGAAACAGCACCGGUCGGACGAUGCAAAGCAGAAUCUCGACAAGCUGGAGCUGGCCAAAGUGCUCGGGAACGAGCGCAUGGCACUCAUGUGGUCUCAAGUUAGCGACGAAUUCGCGUGGAUCGAUGACUCGACAAGUGAGCGCACAUGA